AUGACUGGUGUACUGAAUAAUGUUUCAUAUGUGGGCAAUGGAACUCCAAACGCUUCUAUUAAAGUGGAGGCGGAAGAUGACAUCCCGCUCUCCGAAAAACUAAAACGGAGUAGGGUACAUUCGUCCUCCAGUGAUGACGAUGAUAUUCCGUUAUCUGCUAAGUUAGCGCGAGUGUCCAAGAAACCAAAAUUGGAACCUCCAGUUUCUUCACAGUCUCGCAAUAAAAGUCAUUCGAGGUCAACAAAUGAGAAAACCAAACAAGAAAUUACAUCCAUUUCUCCUGCUAAGGGCAAGAAGCAAGAUCAACCUGAAGAAGUCUGGAGGUGGUGGGAAGAGCAAAAGAAAGAUGAUGGUGUCAAGUGGCGAUUUCUAGAACAUAAAGGUCCCCUGUUCGCACCUCCAUACGAACGUCUACCGAGCACUGUUCAUUUCCACUAUGACUCUAAACCGAUGCGGUUGUCGGAGCAUGCAGAGGAAGUUGCAGGAUUUUAUGCGCGUAUGUUAGAUCAUGAUUAUACAACAAAGGAUGUGUUUAACCGCAACUUCUUCCGGGAUUGGGUAAAAACGAUGAAUGAAGAGGAACGUCGAACUAUCAAGUCUCUGAGCAAGUGCGAUUUUCGGGAAAUGCACCAGUAUUUUCUAAAGUUGAGUGAAGAAAGGAAGAACCGUACCAAAGAAGAGAAGCAAAAGGCAAAGGAAGAAAACUUACAAAUUCAAAAUGAGUAUGGAUAUUGCAUACUGGACGGUCAUAAGCAAAGAAUCGGAAAUUUCCGCAUUGAACCACCGGGCUUAUUCAGAGGUCGUGGUAACCAUCCGAAAAUGGGAAUGCUUAAGAAACGUAUUAUGCCAGAAGAUGUUAUUAUUAACUGUUCGAAGGACUCCAAAGUCCCUGCUCCUCCUAAAGGUCACAAAUGGAAAGAAGUAAGACACGAUAAUACAGUCACCUGGCUUGCAUGUUGGACAGAAAAUAUUCAAAAUAGCUUCAAAUAUGUCAUGUUGAACCCAUCCUCUCGUCUGAAGGGUGAGAAAGAUUGGAAAAAAUAUGAAACCGCUCGCUGCCUUCACAAGAUUAUCGACAAAAUUAGAGCAGAUUACAAAGCUGACUUCAAACACAAAGAAAUGAGAAUACGUCAACGAGCUGUAGCUUUAUAUUUUAUCGAUAAGUUGGCUCUUCGUGCUGGUAAUGAGAAGGACGAAGAUGAGGCGGAUACUGUUGGUUGUUGUUCACUUCGCUACGAGCACAUAAAACUGCAUGAAGAAUUGAAUGGUCAGCCUUAUGUUGUUGAGUUUGACUUCUUGGGUAAAGACUCAAUCCGCUACCUCAAUUCAGUCUCCGUUCCAAAACGUGUUUUCAAAAAUGUCAAAUUGUUCCUGAAGAACAAGAAAGAAAACGAUGAUUUAUUUGAUCGACUUAAUACCAGUGUCCUAAACCAGUAUUUACGAGAACUUAUGGAAGGGUUAACUGCUAAGGUUUUCCGUACAUACAAUGCGAGUCGAACUCUGGAAGAGCAACUGGAACGGCUUACAAAUCCGGAAGAUCCUCCUCAUGCUAAGCUUCUGGCUUACAAUCGAGCAAAUCGAGCAGUUGCUGUCCUGUGUAAUCAUCAACGUUCAGUUCCGAAAUCAUUCGCGAAGUCCAUGGAGAAUUUACAAAAAAAAAUUGAUGCAAAACGUGAGCAAAUUUCGGAAAUAACGAUGGAAGCUAAGCAAAUCAAAGCUGAUUACAAAAGUCAUAAACAAGCAUCAAAGAAAGUUGCUUAUGAAAAAUUAAAAAAGCGGCUUGCAUCUGCCAAAGAAGCAUUGUCAAAGCUACAGUUACAGGCAACUGACCGCGAUGAAAAUAAGGAAAUCGCUCUUAGUACAAGUAAACUGAACUAUCUUGAUCCCCGAAUUUCAGUUGCUUGGUGCAAGAAGUACAAUGUUCCCAUUGAAAAGAUUUUUAAUAGAACUCAGAGGGAGAAAUUCCAGUGGGCAAUAGAUAUGGCUACAGCUAGCUACAAGUUCUUAGACGUGGAUUCAGAUAGAAGUACGAACAAGUUGAAAGCUGAAGAUAGUAAUGAUGAAGAUAUGAUUGAUGAUGAAGAUUGAUGAUAAAAUACCUAGUGAUUUCAACACGAGUUUCUUUCAAAAUACAAUGUAUACUCGUCACGUUGAAGCUGAAAAUUAGUCUUUUUAUUUCUUUCUGAAUAAUCUCCAUGUGUAUUUUGUCAGACCAUAAAAUAUCCAUUGUAAUUUUAUCCUCAUAUGUUCAAUACCUGUCUUUAUCAUCUUCCGAAUCACUCUCUGUACCCCUUUUUGUACUAAACCGUCUCUA